AUGUCAGGUCCCGCUGCACUUGCGGCGGCGGCGGUGCAAGGCGGUGAGUGGCCCGACGAGGCACGCGAACGCUGGUUUCCCCAACCCCAUGUUGGUGGAGGCCGUGAACGGUAUUUCGUCACAUCAGACCAUGACAGGUAUGUCAAAGCCACUGGAAAUACCCUGCAAACCGUGGGCCAGCACGUUGCUGGAGCAGGCGUGGUGCCGUCGUCGAACCACAGCACUGCCAAUGGGAAGAGCAGGAAUGCGCUAGAUCGGGUGGCUCAUUGCAUGCACGCCGUUGGUGUGCUGACCUCUCACCUUGGGGGCACAACGUUUCUCAGCAUCUUCCUUGUCGUGUGUGGAGUCAAUUGUUUUUUUAUGAUUCUGGCAACGACACUUUCUCAACUGGAUGUGGUUGGCGGUGGUUGUUACACCUUUUGGGGCUACAAGAGCGGAUGCGACACGGUGAGCUACUCCAACCGCACGCAACUCUUGGCCUGCAAUGAAUUGGGGCAGCAUUUGAGCGUAGGCGCAGCUUUUUCGAUAUUUUCCAUUAUGCUAAUGGCUGCUGUGCUAUUUUUUUCCUUCAAAGCGCUCAUGGACGGUCGCACAGAGAGCAGUAAUCGCACGUAUGCCGAAGCUUCCUCCCGUGAAGAAGAACGUGGCCAGCAGCAGAGCCGAGAUGUAGCAGUGUCCUCUACUUCCAAGUGGUGCAUCGUUGGACUCUUAGCUGCUGCGCUGCUGUGCGAGAUGGUCUGCUGGGUAAUGUCAGCCUGCACAUACACCUCUCGCUACUGUGAGAACAAGGCCCUACCCCGCACCACGACCUACGGCGUGGGAUUCGGCCUGUUGAUGGCCGGGUGGACAGUGGGGCUCAUCGCGUUGGUAUUGUUUGUUCUUGUAGUCUAA